AUGGCAAAAGGAAAUUGUGGAUUCGCAUUCUACGGAAAGUGUCCGGUUAACCAACUUCACACUGGAAUCUACAUUGUGGAAUUGGGCGAUGCAACAGUGAUCUCCCGUCAACGUCUCACCAACUCAUGCACUCGCUCGCCAUCAACCCACACUGUCAAAGACGCCGCUCCAUAUCCCAUCCACAUCACAUUCUGGAACCGUCUCCAAUCCCCAACACUAUCUCACCCAGCCGCCCACAAGAUCCAAACCGUCUCUACAUGCCCCAUCAACGUCAUUCGCCAUAACCAAACUCAAACCUCAAAUGCUCUAUCGCCCACAGUCCCAUGA